UCUAAUCCACAUGGAUAGACAGUAGUACAUAAUUGUUUUGUGCAGACUGUUAUAUAGACUGCAGUAGCUAUAUAUGUUUUCCGAGAAAUUAUCGGCCAGUUUGCUUGUUUGGGCUGAUUUUAUGGGAUCACUCGCAUUUAAACGUUAUAACAGGUGCACAUGAAGGUCCACGCCGCGCGAUGCAGGCAUCAAGUCGAGUCCAUUCGGAGGGGUUCAGGUCCUGCUUCUUUGGUACAAAAGCUAUGAAGAAAAGUGCACUAUUCCCCGUACACAGGACCGCUCUUCGGUAAAGGAGCCCCCUUUUCAAAGAGGACCAUAAGCAUAUAUUCAAGCUCAUUUACGGAUCUGUAUUACUUUCUAAUCGAAUGCUUACAGACUCAGGACCAGCUGCACAAUGGGCCCUGGACCCCUGAUAUUGUCAGUAUUGAUGCUGGGUGUGGCUGUGGGCAUGGCCAAGUGUGAGGAUGAUGAUGAUGAGUACACCUGGCCACGGAACGCCAUGCCAGUGCUGCGGGACAAGCAGACGGUGGUCCUGGCACGGCCCACGUUCACGGCGGAGGCCGGGAGAGACCCACGCAGCAUGUGUGGGAUCGAGUGCCAGAGUCGGAUCCCUGAGCCUAGCAUGGUGGAUCUGGAGGAGCUGCUGUCCUACGAGACCGUGAAUGAGAGUGGUGCCCGUACGCUAACCGAGGUGUCCCUGCAGGGCCUGGCAGGGGUACGUGCCAACCACGGCUACAACGCCUCCACCCCCGCUCCUCGCAGGAAGCGGCAGGUGUAUGGCACCGACAGCCGCUUUGUGAUCGCCGACAAGCAGUUCACCACCAACUACCCCUUCUCCACCACCGUCAAGGUCUCCACCGGCUGCUCCGGCAUCCUGCUCUCCCCGAGGCACGUGCUCACGGCCGCCCACUGCAUCCACGACGGCCGGGACUACCUGAAAGGGGCCCAGAGGCUGCGCGUGGGAAUGCUCAAGCUGAGAUCGAGGCGCGGGGCGGGCAGGCGAGGGGGGCGAGGGAGAGGAGGGAAGAGGAAGGGAGGAGACGGGGAAGAUGGGGGAGGCGAGAGGCCGAGGGGGAAGAAGAGGCGCGGUCGGCGCAGCGCCGAAGCCAUGCAGCCCUCGUUCCGAUGGACGCGGGUGAAGCAGAUGCGGAUUCCCAAAGGCUGGUUCGGGAACGUAUCCCAGGAGUUGGCCGUGGAUUACGACUAUGCCCUGCUGGAUCUGAAGCGCCCACAGAAGCAGAAGUUCAUGGAUCUGGGCAUCAUCCCGUCCGUGAAGAACCUGCCCGCCAGACGCAUCCAUUUCUCCGGCUUCGACGACGACCGACCGGAGCAGCUGGUGUACCGGUUCUGCACGGUGUCGGACGAGUCCAGUGACCUGCUGUACCAGUACUGCGACGCCCGGCCCGGCUCUGCUGGCUCGGGAGUCUACGUCCGCCUGAAGGAGCCAGGAAAGAAGAAGUGGAAGAGGAAGAUCAUCGCGGUGUUCUCGGGUCACAAGUGGGUGGACGUGAAAGGAGAACAGCGGGAUUACAAUGUGGCAGUGAGGAUCACGCCGGCAAAAUACGCCCAGGUCUGCCACUGGAUUCACGGUGACUCCAGCCUGUGCCGUGAGCUCUGAUGAAGCCUCAGGCCCAAGCAGCUGCAGCCAUACUGCGCGUUACCCCCCACGUUUGGCUUUAAAAUGAUGUUCAACAGUGUUUUUCAAACCCAGUCCUCAGGGGCCCCCAGACAGUUCAUAUUUUUGCUCCCUCCCAACUCCCACCCAACAUACCUGAACCAAGCAAUCAAGUUCACCAAAUACCUAGUACAAGUGUGUUGAGAACUGGGAGGAAGCGAAAAUGUGGACUGUCUGGGGGCCCCUGAGGACUGGGUUUGAAAAACACUGAUGCAAAAAGAUCAUUUUCCCUUAACAUUCAUUGCACACAAGUGCUUUGGGAGAUUUCUGUUGAUUUAAAAAUUGUACAAACGAUAUCAGAAGACUUUAAAAUGCGUAUAUAUGGUCAGCGUUUUAAUUUAUUUAAGUAAAUGCAAAUAUAUAAUUAGAAUAAAUUUCUCAAAAGGCAAUAGUCGGUGCUGAUUGUAAACAUUAGGAUGGAUUUAAAGAUGUGUGAAAUUAGCUAAAUAGGAGACGUCACUGGAAGCUCCCCACUGCUUCAGAGGACAGUGAUGUCCAUGCAUUUCCAUAGAACUUAUUUUAUCUAGUUUUAUUUACUACCAGAAAGUAUUUAACUGGGUGUAACAGUAGGUAGAUGCUUUCGUAAAUGAUUUUAAACCUUUAUUUCAAAUUGCCAUAAAAUUACGAACAACUGACAAUCAUCCUAAGAACAGUUAAGAACAGUUUGAUUCAUUUUGAUGAGACUGAAUGGAUAUUUUUUUCUCCAUUAAUGUUGCUUAUGAUCCAUUUAUAUUUGAAUGAAAUGUCUUCUUUUCAUUAAAGCCUACAGUUUGUUUUUGAUACGUAUAUUCUUCAUUUUACAUUUAAACAUAAAACGUUGUUCUACCUUUGGUCCGUACCUAGUGUUUCAGCUGCUGUAUUAAGUGGCCAUUUUGGUGCUAAAUUUAUUUGAAGUUCUAGGUGUUUUGUUUGUCUCUGUAUUGAAUGCUAAUGUUGUUUUCCAGGAUUUAUAUUAUUUAAUAUACAUCAAAAGUAGCUGCAUUAAAAAUAACUGUGUACUAAAGAC